AUGUCUCUAUUCAUCAGACAAUUCAGAUCCCGCAUUCCACGUGUUUCUCGCGUACAAGCGGUCGCCAUCCGCGCUCAAUCAUCUCAAGUCGCAAACCCUCGUUCCAGUAAUCCGGAAUCGCAAGCGAUUAACGUCUCCCGGGGCAAGGAGUCGCGCCACGACGAUACACCUGAUUCACGAUCCGUCCAGUCUCCCAUCUCAAGCCAAUCCGGCCCGACGAGCGAAACGCACGAAGGCGAGGAAGCGACAACUACGACGGAGCAGGUGCAUAAUGAUCCGAACAAGCCAGCGGGAGAGAAGAGGCGAAAUGUCGAACAAGCAGGAAGGAGACCGAUGGGUCCCGAGGAUGAGAAAUAG